AGUGAAGGGAAGCUGGCCCGUGUCACGUGACGGGGGAAAUAGGGAGGCUCUUGUGUUUACAUCAAUGCAUUCAACAGCGGCUGCUGCAGAGCGUCUACACAUCCAUGUUUUGCUUUCGUUUCUUUAAAAACGAACACGAUCAUCGGUACACACGGUAGUUCCGACCGCGUCCGAGCGUAGCGCCGCUGUGCGAUAAAGAAAGAGCGCCUCUGCUGCAGCUGUGAUCGGUUGUGUAUUAGAUUACUGGCGUCAUGGACGAGCUCGCGGUGGAAGUGCGAGGAGCGAGCGGAGCUUUCUACAAGGCCUUGGUUAAGGAUGUUCAUGAGAGUACAGUCACAGUGUCUUUUGAGAACAAUUGGCAGCCAGAACGACAGAUUCCUUUCCACGAUGUUCGGUUUCCACCUCCGACCGGCUUCCAGAAAGAGAUAAACGAGAGUGAUGAAGUGGAGGUUUACUCCAGGGCCAAUGAUAAAGAGCCCUGUGGAUGGUGGCUAGCCAAAGUUCGCAUGGUGAAAGGAGAGUUUUAUGUGAUAGAAUACGCGGCCUGUGAUGCAACGCUAAAUGAAAUCGUCACAUUAGAGAGGCUACGACCUGUAAACCCCAACAAAGCCGAGUCAAAGAACGCCUUUCUCAAAAUCAGACUAGAUGUUCCUGAAGAUUUAAGACAGAUGUGUGCGAAAGACUCUGCACAUAAAGACUUCAAAAAAGCGAUCGGAGCAUUUAACGUCACUUAUGACUCGGAAGAAAAGCAGUUGGUUAUUUUGUCGGUUAAUGAGGUUACAGCAAAGCGAAUAGCCAUGUUGAGUGACAUGCACUUCAGGAGUCUGCGCACAAAGCUGACGCUGAUCCUGAGGAAUGAGGAAGCAACCCGACAGCUGGAGAGUUCUCGACAACUGGCCUCAAGGUUCCAUGAGCAGUUUGUGGUGCGUGAUGACCUCAUGGGAUUGGCCAUAGGCACCCAUGGGGCGAAUAUCCAGCAGGCCAGAAAGAUUCCUGGGGUCACAACCAUCGAUCUCGAUGAAGAGACCUGCACGUUUCACAUCUAUGGAGAGGACCAGGAGGCUGUACGGAAGGCCAGAAGCUACCUGGAAUUUUCUGAAGAUAUUAUCAAAGUUCCUAAGAACUUAGUCGGAAAAGUCAUUGGCAAGAGUGGGAAGCUGAUUCAAGAGGUUGUGGAUAAAUCGGGUGUUGUCAGAGUUCGAGUGGAACCGGAAAAUGACAAAAAGCCUUCUCCAUUAGAGGAGGGAAUGGUGCCAUUUGUGUUUGUGGGGACAAAGGAAAGCAUUUCAAAUGCACGGAUUCUACUGGACUACCAUCUGAAUUAUCUAAAGGAGGUAGAUCAGCUGCGAAUGGAGCGACUGCAGAUCGAUGAACAGCUCAGACAGAUUGGUGGAGGGCCUAGAGCUCUGCCGGGACGACCCGAGAAAGAAAAACCUUUCAUGGCUGAUAAUGGAAUGGGACCCUCACGAGGUGGCGGCAAACCCUUCGGUCGUGGAGGGAGAGGGAGACGGGGCCCAACACUGGCUUCAGGCACCAACUCUGAGGCCUCUAAUGCAUCUGAGACCGAAUCCGACCACAGAGAUGAGCUCAGUGACUGGUCCCUGGCCCCUACAGAUGAGGAGUCCAUGGGUUACCCCAAAAGGGCCCCUGAUGGACGCAAAAGGGGUGGAGGGCCCCGGGGUCGUGGAGGAAGAGGAAGAGGAGGAUACAAAACUGAAGACAUGCACUGGAAUGAGUCCCGCUCCCGUAGUUCCAGAGACUCGAAGCUGAGACCCCAGGAAGACACAUUGCAGAUCCGCAUCGACAGCAAUAACGAGAGGAGCGUCCACACCAGCCGAGGCUCUCUGGCAGGAGACAGCGGAGGGAACCGGCAGAGACCCAUAAAGGACCGAGGGAUGAAGAAAGACAAGCAGGACGGCCCGGACAGCCAAGCCGUUGUGAACGGCGUUUCGUAGAGAAUAACGUGCCCCAUUUCCCCCAUUCUCCCACUCAGCUCCACCAAUCCAGAUGCUUCUUCAUUAGAGACACAUUAGGCCAAAGAGAACCAGGUCAGUAGGGCUGUCGCAAGACAUGACAUAAAGCACACUUUGUAAUUGUUAGUUGGGGUAAAAGACGAGGUCUCUUGGUGUAUGGUGUGUUGAAUUCGGUAGUCUUCACGGAUUAGAGAGACCGGUCUCUAAAUCACAACUGAAGCUACAGAUUUUCUAAUUGACUUUCUAAACAACUACCUACGAAACAUAAAGAAGCUGUGGAUUAAAUGUCUCUCCAAAUGGAAUCCUGAAAUGUUUUCCAAGCAAUUGGUUUUUAAAGUUUUUUGUUUUCCACAAAGUCCAAACAAAAGGGAAAGUAAGAAACACAUUGGAGGAUGAACUCAAGCGCUCGGGGCCCAAGUUUAUGCCACAUCUCACGGCAUACGUUGUUUUUUACGCGCUUUGGUGUCCAUGAUUACUCGAGCCCAUUCUGAUGUGAGAUCUUAGUCACAUCAUUAGCAAAAAAAAUAAAUAAAUAACAAAAAAAAAAAAAAAUGGCAAACGAAAAAAAAAAAAGCUCCUGUCUGGAUCUGUGCCUUUAACUAGUGUGGAUAGUAUCAUAAAUUUGGAUGUUUAAAUCAGGGAAGAAGACGUGAACAACCUGUCUGAGCAACGUGUGUUGCAAUCUCAGCCGACGACUUAAAAUAAAAAAAAUUACAAAAAAAAAAUCUUUUUUCUUUUUUUCUUUUUCUUUUUUUUUUUCUGUGCUGCAUGUAUUUCACCAACAUUUUGUAUGUCUGAAAAGCAGGAUUCUAUCAAGUCGGCCGAAUUCUGAUAUUUUGCCAUAGCUGAAUUGUGUGUAGUAAAGGUAUUAACCUAACUAAACUAGUCAACUGUGGAAGUCAUAAAUUGUAACCGACCACCCAGAGACGAAUAUCAAUGCUAAUUCAGUGACGUCAACAUCACAAUUUUUUUUAGUUAAAUUUGUCGUUUAGCAUAUCUUUGCAUUAUAGGACAAUUAUGAAUUUUUUUUUUUUAAUAGAGGUAGCAAUGCAGUUUUCUUUAAACAAAAAAAAAAACCCACGUCUGUCGUUUUACUCCCACACAAGGUGAACUUGUUGGGACUUUUUUUCUCACAAACACGGUGGAGAUGCUCGUUUUGGUUUCCGUUCAUGCUGGCCACAGUAAACUGCCAUCUCUCCUGCUGUAUUUCUCAGCAUCAGGUGUGAAGCACUUAUAUCAGAUCUCUGUAACAUUGUCUGUGUCCUAACAAUGGCUCAUCAUAGACUGAAAAUGUUGAACUGUGGGGUUGCAUACUGUAUAUUACGUCAUCUGUUAAGAGAUUGUUGCUGUUCUUUUUAGAUUGAACUUUAAAUGUGCACUUAUCAUGUUUGUGUUACUCUGCAAGUACUUUAUAAUCUAUAAACCUAUAAUAAACUAGAAUGUGAUAAGACUUCCUCGGCAGGUGAAUCACAUGUAUGCUGUCAACAUAACUAAACUGAAGUUUAGAUAUCUUCGCUAAUUUUGAGUCUACUGUACUUUUGCAGCUGAAUUCGCUUGGAGAGGGACGAGAAGGGGGAAUAGGCGAUUGUUAACUUUGAUAUGAAAACCGUCUGUCUUAUCCGAUUAGUGCUUGUGCAUUAAACUUUAGUUUACAUUUUCGAGAAGACGCGAUGCUGUUCUGAACCCACGAUUCUUUCCAAACCUACUGUGACGAUAACCAUGGUAGUUUUUUUCUGCUUUUCCUUUGACUGUACAGCAAGAAAACCGUUCUUUGCUCUUUUUCUCUACGUUUCUAGUUCUCUUUGCGCUCCUGUGCUCUCGCUAGUCACCUUGGCGAAUAACCAGCUCUACCUGUUAUGCUUAUACACACCAGUUUGGAAGUGAUUUGCCUGUGAAAACGAAACGAAAGCUGAAAAGAACCUGUGACUGGCGGAGGAUGUGCAGAAAGACAAACCACUCUCUCGACGGAGGCGGCCCCGGAUGCCCCUCACGUGUGGCUCUUAAAAAAACUAAAAAUUAUAAAUUAGCCUUUACUUCAAAAUAAGGUGUUAAAUGGUUUACUCUCAGUAUUUUUAAAACCUGCACGUCCACGGCGGGCAGUAAAACUGGCAAGAUGGCGCAGUUCGCCACAGUCUGUUCGAGAAUAAAAAUUAAAAAAAAAAAAAAAAAAAAGUUUCGAAUCUUUGAAAGUGUUGCCAAACAGACUGUUUUCUAGUUAUUUAUUUUUUGGAAUGUAUAUUAAAAUGACAAAUUGUAAAACCAUCUCUUGCACACAUCGUAGGCUAUUGUGAUUUGAAAAAGAGCUGAAAAAAACUAAACAUGAAAUACUGUAGAUACUGAACUGAGGUAGACUGACCUUGUAUGUUACUGCACUUUGGGUAAUAAUUUCUUUGUACAUAAUAAUAGCAGAACAGACUGGGUUUUAUGUUGACAUUGUUUGGUUAUAGUGCAAUAUAUUUUGUAUGCAAGCAGUUUCAAUAAAUAAAGGUUGAUCUUCCUCUGCAA